AGUUGCUUCGACAAAGAUCCCGGUGCUUAUUUGGACCUAAUUAUUAUACCGCACGCGCUUGAGCACGGAGACCUGCGAUUCCGUUGCAAUGGUAUUAUGCCAUCGCCGGGUCUUUUUCUAUUCGCGGAUUUCCCACCAAAGCUCCUUUACUAUAGAAAUCGUCUACAGAACGCUGACUUGAGGUGACAAAAAUUUGGCACGAUCUUUGGAUGCACGUGCGACACGUGGGGUGCUUGGCCCUUCUCGCUCUGAGAAAGAUAUGAGUUUUUGCUUCCUCUCCGUUCGAAAUCUUGGCGGGGAUGGCUCUUUUGAAAUGUGUGCCAACAUUCUAGCUCACAAUUCCAACAAUUUGGAUCUCAAAAAGCCAAUCGCAUCCUUUCAGCCUUGUCUUUUUGCCUCCCUAGUUGACCAUGUUCAUCCGUUCCCUUGCUCUUUUGGGCCUCGCCCCAGCCUUUGCCCAGGUGACUGUGGAUUUCCACAUGGAACCCGUUGCAGUCCCAGAGACCGGUGCUGAAAAGCACAGCAAUAUUGCCACUGCCCAAGUCACCCUGAACGAUGUCGUCUACGAAACUUCGUAUGUUGAUAUUCUGAGAAGUGGUGACAGCGUUGACGGUGUGGUUUUCGGUGCUGUAUUGGAUGAGAACCAAACCACCGUCUACGCCUACCCCAUGGACGAUAGCUACGUCGAACAGCCUUUGGCUGCCGGUGUCGCAGGUCUUGCCCCUGUUGAGGCAACUACGGAACCCCUCAUUUCCAACAUUCCUGACUUCACCAGUUUGAUCAAAAUUCACAAUGAAUCUUUUGCAACAGAAUUUGCCAUGUUUGCUCAUUUUGAGACACCUUUGCCUGCUUCGAUCUACCGCAUCAAUGUUGACUUUUCCGACACAUGCAGCGUCGAGGUGGACUCUUUGGAGGCUGUUGACUUCUCGGCGUGGGGAGGCCUCUGGGAACCAUGCUCUGCCAAGGUCACACCAUGGAACACCCACUUGGGAUCCGAGGAACAUGAGCCUGAUGCCAAGCUCCUGACCACCGACUAUGCCACGUUCAUGGAGUCCUACAAUGACGGAGAUCCCAGUGCCAUGAACAUUAUCCACUUCAUGCGCUAUUUUGGAUGGUACGCCAAGGAUCUUACUGACGAUGCAAGCUUUGAUGCUCUCAAGGCCAAGUUCAACCCUUACCACUAUGGUCACGUUACCGAGCUUUCGGUUAAUGAGGCUGGUGACACCUAUGCCCACAAGUGGUACACCACUGGCCGUGUUUCCAUUGAGAACCCCGAAAUCAUGGGAGACAACAAGACCAUCUACAUCGCCGAUGACGCCAACUUUGGUAUCUUGACUCGUUUUGUCAUGGACGAAGCCCUGGACAUGAGCUCUGGAUCUUUGUAUGCUGCCAAGUGGAACCAAAGGAUCUUGGCCGAUACCGACCCAGCAGUUUCCAGGACCUACGGUGGUGUUGAAUGGGACCUUGACUGGAUUGAGCUCGGAUCUGCCACUCAAGAUGAACUUUUGGCCCUGGCUGAAGGUUUGACCUGGGACCAAAUUUUCGAAGAGGGUACACUUACGGAUGGAGCUUGCGCUACCGGUUUCACCUACGUCAAGGCAGGGUGGGGUCUAGUGAAGGAAGAGUGCCUCAUGGUCAAGACCGGCAUGGAAACCGCUGCUGCCUUCUUUGAGACUCGUCGUUAUGCCGCCAUGUUGGGAGCAAGCGCAGAAUUGCAGUCCACCGAGGGUUUGGCCUUUGUUCCUUCUGAGAUGAAGUUCUAUGCUGCCAUGUCCAAGGUCACCGGCGGAAUGGACGAAACAGUCGAGCCCCUUGGAGAUAUCGCCAUCCCUGCCAACCCAUGUGGAUGUGUCUUCCAAUUCGACGUCGGCCCAACCUACGAACUCACCGUUGCCCGCGCCUUCCUCUGUGGUGAAUACACCGCCGACUCUGAUCCACCCCUUGAUCCAUUGAACUCUUGCAGCACUGAAAGUAUUGCUAGCCCUGACAACUUGUUCUACAUGGGACACGUCGACAAUGGACCCCACCGUCUCUUGAUUGCUGAGGACACCAGCCACCACCAAAACGAUUACUUGUGGAGCUACAACUUUGAAACCGAAGAGAUGACUCGUAUCUUGUCCUCUGUCUAUGGUUCCCAAAUUACUUCCCCUGGAUUUUUCAGUGACGACAAGGGAUGCUACCUCCUCAUGGCCGUGGUUCCCCACCCCUACAAGAAGUCCGACAAAGAGAUGGUCAACGACGCUGGCAACACUCUUGGACUCGCUGGAAGUGUUGGAUACAUCGGACCCAUUGGAAGCCGAUCCACUGAUGAGCUUUAAACAAAAGAAACGAUGAACGAACGAAUCCGUUCUUUGUUCUGUGUACGUAUGGGCUGGAAAACGAGAGAUGACACAAACUCCGCUGGAAAAUGAACAGCCAAUAAUAAAUAAUAAAAGGAACCAGGCGCAACAGCAACUCGUUCAGCAGCUGCAGCAGCUCGAGAGGCUACUAAUACUCCAGAUGAUAGAGAAUCACAGCAUGCAAGCCGCACAUCACUGGAUCCCCGACCAAUGCCGCUAUCAGUAAGGGGUUCCCUCCGUCGAAAUGGAUGGGCAUUCUCGUCUUUCGUCCUUUACGGACCUUGCAUUUUUGUUUUGUUCCAGAGAAAAGCCGGGGCUGUUCGAUUGUCUGAAACGACGCCUAAGGUUUCUUCACCAUUUGCUUCACAACCAGCAGGAUCGGCUGCUGCAACACACAAUCCAUGGCAGCCUCUAGACUUCGUUCCAAACUGCUGGCUGGCAAGCACGAUGCUGAAAUGACGACGGAAAGAACCAUGCACAAGAGGAGGGCUUGUUGUUCUUGCGCGCAGCGCUACCGUAGACUGUGCCGCGGGGAGUGGAAAUGAAUUGUUGCAAUAGGUACGCUCAGCCGUUACAGGCAACACUCGAAAAAGGGCAGACACGAUCACCCUGAACGGUGAACAACACAUCCAACAACUUUUGUGGACACUGCAAAAUUAAAUGAUCAAGGCAACAACGGGUGAAAUGGCUGGGCGGUCGGCAAAAGAACCACUACGGUACUAUAGCUAGGAGGAAAUCUGCUACAACCAAGGGAAACCAUGAGAGCGCCACGAGCCCUGACAGUGAGGAAAGAAGUGCCAUGUGUUUCGAAAGCGUGGAUUGAGUCGAAUCUCAGUCUACCUUAGCUAAAGGCAUCAUCUGGCUCCAUGCAGUCGGACCAGGUGCCACGGCAUCAGCCAUUGAGCACAGACGAUGUGAACAAAACACCCACUCGUCCCGCGCGGCGGGAACAAUGGUGGGAGUGGAAGGUGGCUCUUCGGUGUUCUUUUUCAUUUUGGAUCUUGCGAGAAAAGAUCCCAGG